AUGGAUGAUGACGGUGAAGACAAUACGGCCUAUGUAGUUGGCCAACAGUUGACGAGAGUGCUCACCAUCAUCGUUAUUAGUGGAGCGUUAUUAUCUUUGUUUGGAGGUAUAAUAAUCGUAUGUCUGCGUAGUCGAGAGUCACGUCGUUACAGAACGAGAACAGUAGAACUGGAAAGAACAUCUAAUAAAUCCCAACUAUUGUCAAGAGAGAAGCUUGAUGCGUUCCCUGUCAUUGUAUUUAAAGUUGAGAAUAAAGUAGUACAAAGUGUGGCGAUAGAAAAUGGAGAAAACGAGAAGAAUUGUACAAUACCCACUGCAAACCAUGAACAGUCUGGACCGUCCUCAGAAACACGUGAUGUGUCAGAAGAAAAGCAAGCAAGAGAGGAAGAGUUGACAAGUUGUAUCAAAGAUGAAAAAAAUGACAAUGAUGAAGGGGACUUUCAAGAUGGGGAUGAAUUACGACGGCUUCCCUGUUUCCAUCAAUAUCACAUCAAAUGCAUUGAUCCCUGGUUAAUGCAAAAGUCUUCUGCAUGUCCAAUGUGUAAACACGAUUGUAACAAAAAUUUUAUACCUUUCAAGAAAAACGUCGGGUCGAGUGUAAUUAGCGAUAGCGAUACUGGUAACAGCCCAAUAUCAACAACCUCGGCUAUUUUCUCGUUCUUCACAAGAACGACAUCAUCAUCCACUGCUGCGACACGACGGCACGAUACUGAUAGCACGGUGUCGCAAGAAGGCAACGAAUCGCGCGAUCCUCCUGAAGUUGUUAUUGAUAAAAUGCGAGGCGUUUCUUCUGAUGCUGGUGAUGAAAGUAACAACGGUGAAGAAGUAGAACUGAGAAAUAUUACUGAUCUUGUCUCAUGGGCCAUGAAAUGCUACGAUUGUUAUGGGAAUGUCUGGGAAGUGUAUACUGAAUUAUCCCGCGAUAUAUGGAUUUCAAGAGGUGAUUUGAUGAUAGAUGUGAUGCUGAGUGACAAAUAUAAGCUGAGAUUUCCGACAGCAAAUUACGCUUAUAUGAAAUUGGGUCCAGGGGAUAAAGGAAUAGGAUUCAACAACCAUUUAGACAAUUGGAAAAUGACACGAGACGUUGUUGAUAAUGCAAUGAACAGUAAGGGCUUCUUGGAUGAAGUUGUUAAAUGGACUGAAGAGUAUUACAGGAUCAUCGAAAAGGAGAGGGGAGGAGCAGUCGAUGGAAUGCACGAUUAUAAACAAUUAGUCGAAAGAGUAGCAGUGAAAAUAUUCACUGGGGAUCAUCUAAUUGAGUCUGAUCAAAUGUUGUAUGAUUUGGAUCGUUGGAUAAAUGAAGGAGGCUACAUUACGAAUAUAAAAGAUAUCAUAAUUGAAUUGUGGCAGUCCUUAACAAAUGGAAACCUUAAUCAACAAACUUACGAGGGUUUGCCUUCUAUGCAUAGUCUUGCUCAAAAAGUUCUCAGUCGUUGGGAUGCCAUUAAAUCUUGUCCGGCUGAACAGCUGGCCAGUAACGAUUUAUUAACAAAAUUACGCGUGGCAAAUACAGCGCUAGAUCGGGAUAAGAAGAGCACAACGAACCAUGUUGAAAGACCAUUCUCACCUAGUGAAAUUACGACUAUUCUUACUGAAAUGCUAAUUGGGGGAAUAUACAAGACUCUUCCCGUUCUAAAAAAUCUUGUAGCUACACUCGAAAAAAACCCAUCCCUUCUCACUCCUUUGACCGAAGAACUAACCGCAACUUUUGGUAAUACUCUUCCUACGAAUCUAACAACGGCUUCUCUAUCCUCUCUACCUUAUUGCGAUGCAUUAAUCUCCGAAACAAUACGGCUGAACGCGCCAGUACCGAUUAUUACUCGUACAGCCGCACAGCCAGUAAAUCUAAGGGCAAAGGCUUGGCCAACAGGAACUACGGUUAAACUGGUUGUAAAUGGUUUAUCAAUGAAUCGGAGGAGCUGGAGAAAUCCUGAAAAGUUUAACCCAGAGAGAUUCCUGGAACUCAAAAAUGCGGCGGAAAGAAACCGAAAAGAAGUUAUGUCAUUUGGGAAUGGCCCGAGAGCGUGUCCAGGCAGGGAAAUGAUCAUGUGUUUAUUGAAGACUUUUCUUGUUUUGAAGUUUUGGGAUAGUAAUAAUAAAAUUGUCGAGGGUGUCCGAGAUGUGAAAGGCGUGCGAGAUGUUGAUGUAUUAAACUUUUCUCGGCUUUACUGA